UGACAAAACAGUCCCAGGUCAAGGUCUGCUUACUGGUACUCUCCUGGGCUUUCUACCACAUCUCUCGGUCUUCAUCGGCAGGUAGAGUGUGGCUGACGGGUGAGGAUGAACACAGCUGCAGCACGCCGGUGCACCGGCCCGUUUCUACCGGAAAUUACCACCAACAGCAACAAACGGAGUAGAGGUACCUGGCACAGGAUGAAGCAAGGGAUGGAGUCAGUAUUGGAUAAAUCGGCUCAAAUCCUCAAAUCCAAGGGAGAAAUUGCACAGUUCAGAAACAGUCUGAAACAGAACAUCUGUGUGCAGAUGCUUCAAGAAGGCUACCACAGGUCGUUCUCGGAGCUCUUCCUUCUGCUGCAAUCUGAUCAGGAUCUGAGGGCGGAGGCCGAACCUGGUUCAGCUCUCAGGCUUCAGACUCCUCUGCAGGAACAGCGAGAUAAACUGGAGACCAUGAGGCGGCACCUGAGCCAGGCCGAGCAGGCUGAAAGGACCGGUUCCUGGUCCGUGGUGUGUGAGCAGCGUCUGUUUUUGGGUCGGUACUUCUCGGCUCCGGAAGAUCUGUCGCUGAGUUUGCACUUCUACCACAGCAGUGCAGACAGAGAGCAAGGGGGCUCGAGACCAGCCACGGAGGCCCGGGCCUGCAUGGCUGAGCUCUACCUGCAGCAAGGAGAGCUGGAGGAGGCGAGGCAGCAGGCAGAGCUGUGCGUCAAGCAAGCUGAGGAUGGCGGCUGGCUGGACUCAACCGGUCGGCCCCUGACGCUCCGGGCACGCCAGACGCUGUGGGGGAUCUACAACCGGCUAGCCGAUGCGCCGCUGGAUGCUGCAAACUACAGCGAAGCCCUGGAGCUUCUCCACAAGGGCUACAGCAUUGCCACUGAGUCUGAAGACAAACAAAUCGAAGGGGAGGCCGCCUAUCGACUGGGGCUGGCCUAUCAGUGCACGGGAGACCACGACACAGCCAAAAAGUUCUUCAACACUUGCAUGCAGAUUUGCGGCACGUUGCAGGAUGCAGAUGGACUGGGAAAGGCCUACAAGGCUAUGGCCAAGUCCAUGGAAAGUAAGGGAAACAUAGACGAGAGUAUCCAGUGUCUGGAGAAGUUAGUCGAGAUCUCUCGAAGCAACCGACGGCAACACAACCUGGCAGACGCCUGCCUGUGUUUGGGCAAUAUUUACCACACCUUGGGUCAGUAUAGGAAGGCCUGUGAGUGCUUCCAUCAGGGUUAUGAAGUUGCCUGUAACGUGGGAGACAUGGCUCAGCUGCAGAGAGCACAGGUGCUGGUGGCCAGUGCUCGCGCUCACUCCCUGAUCAGAAAGUACAGCGCUGACGUGGAGUCGGCCUCUCCCACGGCCCUGCGACGACUGGUGGCCUGGAAAGAGACCAGAGGAUGUCGGGAGCUCAGUCCAGACUCUACAGAUCCUACUGCUGCUGCCUGGUACUAACUCCCUGUCAGAUAAUGAUACCGACUAAUUCUACUGACACCAAUACACUGUCGAUUAUUCCUUAAAAUAGACAGUUUACUGUAAUGAAUGUAGAGAAACACUCCUCGAAUACACAGGGUUUAAUACAUUGUUCCCAUAGCAUUGAGCAGCAUUUUAGAGCACAUAAAUAUAAAAAGUACAUAUAUGACAUAGCUGUUUGAUAUAUGUAUCAUAUACUGCAUUCUUUGAUAUAAUCUCAUUUCCUUGUUAACAGUCAAAUUAGUGACUUA